AUGCGGCUCCAAGCGGCAAUUUUCCUGGCCGCGUGCGUGUCGCCCGCGGCGGCCAUCUUUUCCGAUGAAGUCGAUCACAUAGACUUCCACCACGCCCUCCUCGGCGCUCCCUCCCCCGAUUCGACCUUCUUCCUCAAGCCAUCCUCCUCCUCGAACGCCUCCCUACUCUACACCAUCUCCGAAAAGUCAAUUUUGGGCGCUGUGAAUCCCCGUGACGGUGCGCUUGUUUGGCGACAGAAUAUCUCGCGCCCGGGUGGCUCGGCUCCUAGUGCAGGUAUUCUGCGUGGUCUCGAUGGGAACAAUGCUGUCGUUGGGGGAGCGGGCGACUCCAUCUCAUCAUGGAGUGCCCAAGAUGGGAAAUUGAUCUGGGAGACUCCAGCCUUAGGUGGCGUCGUGGCAGAUCUCGAACUAUUGGAGCUCGAGGAUGCCAGUGCAACACCCGGCAUGAGGGAUACACUUGCGCUCACCGGCGCUGAGGGUGCUGGGGUUGUAAGACGGCUUGACGGCGAGUCUGGCAAGGCCAAAUGGGAGCACAAGGAUUUCAGCGGCGAUGUACCGUUUCAGGUGUCAUCCUCUCCCACCGAGGUCUUCUACGUCUCGCUCCAGUCGGCUAUGUUGAAGGGUUACAAGAUCAAGGUUACUGCGUUGGACUCCCUCACAGGCCGUCAGGCGGUCUUAUACGUGGGUGCCAAUACUGCGUCGCCCCUAAUCGUCUGGGCAGACAAGGCACUUAAGUCGCUCAAGAUAAACGUGAUUGGAACUAAGCAUAUCAACACUAUUGCUAUCGAGAACCCUUCCGGUCGAGACGUCCAGCGUAUCACCGUUCAUGCCCCGCAUAAGCUCAACUCGCUCCCGCACUUCCUAGUUCAUUAUGAGACGGACGCCGGAGCGUGGGCUGAUGUCUACCAUGUGGAUAUGAAGUCCUCUGCGAUUACGAAGGCCUACUCUCUGCCUUAUCUCCAGGGAAAGUCCGUGGUUGCGACCAAUAACAUUGAUGCAAAUGUGUAUUUCACCCGAAUUACCGAAUCGGAGGCCGUCGUGGUUUCUUCCGCGUCGCAUGGAAUUCUGGGACGCUGGAUCGUGGACAGACCAUCGGUAGACCGAGCAUCGCAUGCUGUUUCGGAGGUUGUCACCAAAGGCAGCUCUGUUGCUGUCCGAUCUGCUAUACUGCGUGAGUCUGGUGACUGGCAGCUGAUCCGAAAUGGCCAACUUGAAUGGACCCGUCCCGAGGGCCUUGUCCAUGCUGUCGCGGCUGCUUGGGUUGAAGAGCAAGACCAAGAAGACCUGGCACAUGAACUGGAAGUCGAAGGCCAUGAGAACCUGGUUGCAGCCUACAUCCAUCGUGUGAAGCGUCACCUCCGAGACCUAGAGCACUUCCCAGACUGGCUGAAGGAGUUGCCCCAGAGAAUCAUCAGCAGUGUCUUGUCCGAUGAAGUGACCAACCUGGAUAGCUUUGGUGUUGCCAAAUCAGUUAUUCUAGCCACCAAGCACGGCCGUCUCUAUUCUCUGGACACUGGUCGUCACGGGUCUGUUUCGUGGAGUGUCCAGGUUGAGGAGACCGCUGAAUGGGAUGUAAAGGCCAUUCUCUCCAUUCCUGGAGCCGCAGUUAUCCAUCCGAGCGAUGGCAGCUCGGUAACGGUUAACGUUUCCACUGGGGAGAUUAUCGCGCGGUCUGCCCCCAAGGCUACCAAGCUUCAAACUAUUGCUACCUUCGAGCAGCCGGUAGGAUCUUCGGUGGUGAGAUUGGGUGUCUUGGAUAUCCAACAAGACGGCUCCCCGGCCACUUCAUUUGACGAUAUCACAGGCUUCCUCGUGACAACUAGCAACGAUGGCCGUGUUCUUGGCUGGAUUGAGAAGGAUCAUAAGUCGCCCGUGUGGGAAUUUGUUCCUCCCUCUGGCCAGACGGUUAUCAAGGCCACGGCCCGUCCUUCACACGACCCUGUUGCAUCCAUCGGCAAAGUACUUGGAAACCGAUCGGUUCUCUACAAGUAUCUCAACCCGAAUCUUGUGCUUGUGACUGCCGUCAACGAGAAAGACAACACGGCUGGCUUUUACCUUCUUGAUGGCGUCUCGGGUAAGGUUCUGCACUCCGUCACCCAGGCUGGAGUUGAUACCACGCAGCCCAUUGCCUCUGUCAUGUCCGAAAAUUGGUUCGCGUAUUCUUUCUUCGGCGAUGCUGUCGACGAGUCAUCCGCCAAGGGCUACCAACUCGUCAUUUCCGAACUCUACGAGUCUCAUCUCCCUAAUGACCGCGGUCCUCUCGACUCCGCCGGAAACUUCUCCAGCCUGCACAGGGGCAGUGGAGAUGUGCUUCCUCUUCCUCAUGUUAUUUCCCAAUCCUUCAUCAUCGCCGAGCCCAUCUCGCACAUGUCCGUUACCCAAACGCGCCAGGGCAUCACCACCCGCCAGCUCCUCUGUGUCCUUCCAUCCUCCAACUCCAUCGUCGGCAUCCCUCGUCCCGUGCUUGACCCCCGCCGUCCUGUUGACCGGGAUCCUUCUUCUGCUGAGGCCGAAGAAGGUCUGUUCCGCUACGCCCCGUUCCUUGAUUUCGAUGGCAAGUGGUAUAUUUCGCACUCGCGUGAUGUCGCAGGUAUCGCCACUGUCAUGUCCCAUUCGACCUUACUUGAAAGUACAAGUCUUGUGUUCGCGUUUGGUAGUGACGUGUACGGAACCCGUGCUACACCUAGCCAGGCCUUUGAUAUUCUUGGCAAGGCCUUUUCGAAGCUCCAACUUGUGUUGACCGUAGUCGCUUUGACCGGUGGUGUCACAUUUUUGGCGCCAAUAGUCCGUAAAAAGCAAGUUGAUACUCUGUGGAAGGCGACUUAG